CAUUGCGCCUCCUUCUUUGUAUCACUCCGCGUCUGCCUUCGCGUUGCACAAUGGCGGUGCGUAAGUUGCCUUCCCAUAGUUUGUAGCCGUUCCUGAGUAGGGUAGGCCGGCACGUUGGCCGUAUCCGUCGGUUGGUCUCGGCACACGACGAAGAGGACUGCACAUUGGAAUAACUCAAAAGACAUCUUAUGCUGCUACCCUGCCAGGAAACAAAGAAAACCAAGCUUGAAAGAAGUCAACACGUAGACGCCUAAAAACGACCACCGACGCGACCAACCGCACUUCUCAAAACUAGUUCAAGGAGUCAUUGUUCGCCUACGUGGGCGCGCUGUUGCCGCAUCGGGAGGCAAGUUGCUGUUGCCCUUCGGUCGAGAGCAGCUGGAAUUCUUCGCGCGGCGCAGCGCAUAUCGAAAACCGCCGAUAUUUUGUUGUUUUUUCGCAACCGAUACGAUGUACCUUACGACGCACUGAAACCAAGGCGCAAGCGAGCCAGUGAACGGCUAGGGGCCACACGGAUACGCAAGUGUGAUUAAAAGGCGGACGUGUGUUGGAGAUUGUGUGCCAACGUCCUGUGUGAAACCCGGUGAUCGACAAUGAGUGUGGCGCGUCUCUCUGUGGAUAUUCAAGUGGCUCAGGAGAAAAGGCCUCAAAGUUUCGACAAGGCUCCCGAUGGCGCGUGCCUGGGCAGUGCCGGGGGUCUCAGCCCGAACCUUCAACCUCCUACGCCGCCCGUAUUUCCCUGCAACAGGGAGCCCUAUUCCGCCAGCCUUGUUGGAGGGCGGUACAUUCUACUGGACCAACUCGAGGGCAGUGCCAUGUACAGAAGCAUCAAUGUACAGACGCAAGAGGAAUUUUCCUGCAAGGUUAUCCCCAUCGACAGGUGGCAACAAGCACUGGCAGCACACCUACGUCUCGAUGGCCACGACCAUGUCAACCAAGUCGAGGAGGUGCUCCUGGGGGAGUCCAAGUGCUACGUCUUCUUCAAGCGGUCGUACGGUGACCUCCAUUCGUAUGUGCGCUCCAAACGGCGGCUGCGGGAGUCUGAGGCGCUGAGCCUAUUCCGGCAGGUGGCGUCGGCUGUCCAAGCCUGCCACAACGCCGGGGUGGUCUUGCGUGAUCUCAAGCUCCGCAAGUUUGUCUUCGAGGACCCUGAACGAACACGGAUAAAGCUGGAGACAUUGGAAGAUGCCGUGGUCCUAGAGGACUUCGACGACGACCUGCUGAGUGACAAGCACGGCUGCCCCGCAUACGUCAGCCCCGAGAUCCUGAGCAGUUCGACGAGCGGUCGCUACAGUGGCCGUGCGGCGGAUUGCUGGAGCCUCGGGGUGAUGCUGUACACGCUGCUCGUGGGUCGCUACCCGUUCCACGACGGCGAUCCCAGCAUACUGUUCGCCAAGAUCCGCCGGGGCCACUUCACCGUGCCGGAGUCGUUGAGUCCCCGAGCGCGAUGCCUCGUGCGGUCGCUCCUCCGGCGCGACCCUUCCGAGCGCCUCACUGCCGACGAGCUGCUCUCCCACCCAUGGUUCACAUCGUCGUCCCCGAGCCUGCAUCGCGAUGGGUGCCUUAUGCGGCUCGACGCGGACCAAACUGUGCCAACCUGUGGUGCUGCGCACGACUGAUGCUCGCACCGCCUAGUCGACUGCUGGCCGGGGAUCUCACUGCCGUGCUGCUGCGCCUGGGGGACAUCUCAAACGAAACUGCUGGAAGCAGCAUCGAUUGCCGCUGACCAUUCCUACAACCGGCACCAUUAUUGAUGCACCUGCUACUGUUAAUUUUUUUUUCGUUUCCCCCGAAACUGCCCAUGCUGCAGCUGUUAGCUUUACUGGUGACUCUUCCUAAGCACUUCCAAAGAGAGGCAACCAAGCUGCAUCAGAGGCGGAUGUUCACCAGUUUUAUUAUAUUGCUGCUGCGGAUGCAGCAGCAGCCUCGAGCUUCGAGUCGUUCACUGUACAGGCUAUCUUCCCACUGUCCCAUCUGUUGUUUCACUUGGUGAGGAGAAAGCACGUCAUUUAUAUAGUUAUGUAUUCAUUCCGACACACGAGACUUCAUGCAUCGACUCGGAGCAGGAAGCAAAAGCCAACAGGAAUUCAGAAUUACGGCACCGUGCAAUUGUGUGAGUGUCGCGGGGAGGGCCAGACAGAAAGCACCAAGGACUGACCCUCCCAUGCCUACGAUCAAUGCUGUUGAAUGUGCAAAGUGACUGUCGUGGUUUCCUUUUUUUUUUCGUGUGGGGGGGUCCCUUAUCUUCUAUGUCUUGUCUGUGACAACAAAAUUUAUUUAAGUAUACUCGGGGGACUGGCAAUCCCCUGUCGAUUAAAUACUUUCGAGUGGCAGGCUAGUGCAUUGAAGAAAGGGGCUGGGGCGUCUUUGUGGAUGCAAUGUGCGAGUGAUUCAUGCUGGCUUGAAUGGCGUGUAGUAAAUGGGAAUCCAUUGUGAAUGUAAAUAAACUCGGUACCUCUGUCACAAGAAAA